AUGGCGAACCCUAACGACGUUACGAUUGAUAUCCCAUUGACAAAGGUCAGCACCUCUGGCAGCGCCACUGGUGCCCGCAAGGCCGAUGCACUCUCUCCCUCGCGUUCCCAGUACAAUGCAGAAUUCUCAGAAAAAAUGGACGAGAACCAAGGCCCCCACUUCCACAGAGGCCCAGCAGGCAGGAGAAGAAGGUUGGAAGAUCGAGGCCGGCAGAACCAGGACAAGGAAGAUGGCACAUUGAACGCAGUCGGCAGAUUCUAUAAGAAAGUGUACAACUUCUCUGUGCUGACCCGCUAUUUCAUCUAUGUUGCCCCCCUUGCUUUGGCAAUUGCGGUUCCCAUCAUUGUCGGAGCCACGGUCGCGCCUCGGGCACGCAUCGGCGGCGUCAAGAUCUUAUGGUUCUUUACCUGGGUCGAGGUGGUUUGGGUAUCGCUCUGGGCCUCGAAACUGGUCUCUCAUUUCUUACCCUUUCUCUUUCAGUUCAUUUGCGGAGUGGCCAGCCCAGGCACAAGAAAAUACGCUCUGGUUCUCAGUUCACUUGAGAUCCCCCUCUCCCUGGUUGGCUGGGCUGUUACAUCUUUGGCGACGUUCGUUCCUAUCAUGACAUUAAAUCCCGAUCAAAGGUCACGUGGAGAGACCGGCCUCAAAUCCUGGGAAUCUAUCGUCAAGAACAUUCUCUUCGCCUGCGUCUUCUCCACGUUGCUCUUACUCGGGGAAAAGGUGCUCAUUCAGCUCCUCUCUAUCAGCUACCACCGCAAGCAGUUCGAUGAAAAGAUCAAAGACUCGAAGCGGAACAUUCAUCUGGUUGGCUUGCUUUACGAGGCUUCUCGCAAGCUCUUCCCGGAAUACUGUCGGGAAUUCGCCGAAGAAGAUUACCUCAUCAACGAUGUUCUGGACUUGGGGGAGCGCAGCAAUCGCAACAGCCUGUUACCUGGGCACAAACGAUCUGGCUCGGCGACUCCUAUGAAAUUAAUUCACAAUGUCGCACGGGUGGGAGACAAGGUCACAGCAGCAUUUGGAAAUGUCGCCCAGGAGAUCACCGGCAAAAAGGUUUUCAACCCCACUGCCUCUCACUCCAUCGUGGUGCACGCUUUGGAGAAGAAACACUCGGCAGAAGCCCUUGCUCGGCGCCUGUGGAUGUCUUUUGUCCUCGAAGGGAAGGAUGCCCUCAGCAUCGACGACAUCAUCGACGUUCUCGGCCAUGAUCGAGAGCAAGAAGCUCACGAAGCCUUCGAGAUCUUGGACGUGGAUUGCAACGGAGACAUCUCGCUCGAGGAGAUGAUCCUUCGAAUCACCGAAUUCGGACGAGAGCGUCAAUCAAUCGCGAGCAGCAUGCAUGAUGUCGACCAAGCCAUCAAUGUCCUCGACAACCUCCUCUGCACAGUCGUCUUUAUCGGUAUCAUAUUCAUCUUCGUCGCCUGGCUCAAUCGCAAUUUCACCACCACACUUGCCACAGCAGGCACUGCUCUCCUCUCAAUGUCCUUUGUCUUCGCAACCACCGCCCAAGAGGUCCUCGGGUCUUGUAUCUUCUUAUUUGUCAAGCAUCCGUUCGACGUAGGUGAUAGAGUCGACAUUACCGACACCCAAUACGUGGUGGAACGCAUGUCUCUUCUUUAUACCGUGUUCCGGCGGGUCAAAGAUCACAAGCGAACUCAAGUUCCCAACAUCGUCCUCAAUUCUCUCUGGAUCGACAACGUGUCUCGCAGCAAAGCUAUGCGCGAACAGGUUCAACUAUAUGUCAGUUUCGACACCACGUUUGAGGAUAUCGAUUUGCUCAAGAAGGAAAUGACCACCUUUGUCCGAGACAAAGAUAACGCACGCGACUUUCAGCCGGAUAUUGACGUCGAGGUCACCGGCCUGGCCGAAAUGAACAAGAUGGAACUUAGAAUUGAGAUCCGGCACAAAUCUAAUUGGGCAAACGAGGCCGUACGAGCAGCAAGAAGAAACAAAUUUAUGUGCGCCCUUGUCAUGGCCGUGCGGAAAGUUCCACUUUAUGGACCAGGUGGUGCCGGUCCUGCUGCCGGUGACAAGGCUAACCCGACGUACUCCGUCGCGAUCAGCGAUGAAGUUGCAAAAAAGAACAGGGAAGAGUUUGACGAGAACCUGGAUAAGAAGAGACUCGUUCCCCUAUUGGAGAAGAAUAAGCCUCACAUCGACUUGUCAAAAGCCAAAUCAAGUGACUUCCUUAGUCCGUCGACUGGAAGGGAGCUUACGGAAGCGGCAGCAGUUGACCAUUUGGUGAAGCGUAAGGUGGCCGUUGACCCUGAAGAGGUUGUCGACCAUGAGCGAGAGCGUCAGAUGAAUAAGCAACGCUCGAAUGAUGUUGAAGAAGUGCGAGACAUUCUCAGACGCGAGUCCACCAGGGGUCGGCGACGAGCAGCGCGCCAUAGUGGUCUCUCGCUGCCAAGUACCGAGAACGCAGCAGGUUCGCGAACGAUCCCGACUAUUCCCGAUGUGUCACCACCAGAGCCAGUGACCGCGACCACCUCAGCACCAGCCAGAGUCAGCUAUUUCGAGGACACACCUCAACCAGAUCCAGUCCUUCCAGCUGCGCCGCAGGCUUGGACGACAGUGACGCCUCUGGACUACAACGCGACACCUCCGCAAUCGAUGCAGCCAUCCUCACCGCAGAUGUCGCAGGUGUCGGGCUCUACAAGUCCAUCUCGUUAUGUACCCGGCAACGCCUUCUCCCAGAGAGCCUAUGCCACAUCGCAAGUACCACGAAUUCCAGUCCCAGGAAUGCCCGAAAUGAAGAGAAACUUGCAGACGCAGAAUCCGUCUCCUCCACCAAAGUGA